UUUUGGCAUUUUUUUCCAGUUUUUAUGCCAAAAACCAAAACCGAUGUUUAAUUUGUCUCAUUGCUUGUGAUGGAAUUGAUGGACAACUAUGAAGUGCCAAGCCUUUGAUCACCAUGGAAAUUGCAGGCCAGUUAUGCUUCACCUAAUUGAAUGCUGAUUGGUGCCGCCGCGUACUGCCGUCACUCUGACAAUUCGGAGUCAAACGAGGCGUCGCCCAGAGUGAGCGGAGCUCCCUGUGGGCCCGCCGGAGCUAAACUCUGCUCCUCCGUCCACUGACCUCGCCACAAACCACUGCCGACCUCUCCGGGAGCCGUGCCGACCUCUCCGGGAGCCGUGCGGGCCGCGCGUCGCCGCCAUGGCCGGCGGAAUUCUGUCGUCGAGCGUGGACGACCUGCUGCCCAGUUCAGUCGACGACCUGUGCCGCAACCCGCUCAUAUGUCCGCUCUGCAAUCAGGUGUACGAGGAGCCAUGUCUGCUGGUGUGUUUCCACUCGUUCUGCGCCAAGUGUCUGCGUGUGCGCGUGGUGGACGGCCGCGUCGCCUGUACCGUCUGCAGCAAGACGACGGUGCUCAAAGACGGCAACAGCUUGCCGCCGGCCGACGUCCUGCUGCGCUUCCUGGUCGAGUUCUCCACUGAGGCUCGCACGCCGUGCGCCAACUGCGAGACGACAGAGAACAUCAGCAUGUUCUUCUGCAACACGUGCGGUCAGGCGCUGUGUGAACGAUGUAAGAACGAGACGCACCGCGCCAAGAUGUUCUCCAUGCACGAGGUGAUGUCGCUCUCUGAGCGACUCCGGAAGGCGUGCAAACAGUGUCCUGUGCACAACGAGCCGCACAUCAUGUUCAGCACGGACAAGAAGGAGCUGCUGUGCAUCAACUGUUUCCGCGAGUACAGCGCCGAGUCGAAGCUGCACUGCGUCGACCUGGACACGGCCUACACGGACGGUGUGCGUCGACUGGAAAGGACCGUCGUGAGUAUCCGCGAGCUGCAGAACUCGGUGCGCGACGGGAUCAUCCUUUACCGGGCGCUGCUGGACGAGGUGCGACACAACAUGGAGGCAGAGAAGACGGCGGUGACUACCUUCUGCCGUCAGCUGCACGAGACCGUCAGCCAGCUGCAGAGCCGCCUCCUCAGCGAUGUCGAGGGGCAGUACACGCAGAAGACGUGCACCUUUCAGCAGCAGCUGUGUGACCUCUGCUCGCUGCUGCCCGUGCUGCAUGUCCACCUGAGCAUGUGCACCACGUUCACCCACUCGGCCAACAAAACCGAGUUCCUGGAUCUCAGCUACUCGCUGAUGGGGCGACUGUCGAACAUCGCGCACAUCGGGGUGCCACUCAGGCCGAGUCAGACCAGCCAGGUAAAGACCAACUACCGUCGUGAGGUGUGCCAGGCUCUGGACCCUCUGCUGUGCCCGCCGGCGGCGGCCACUCCGGAGCCGGGCGGCCGGCUGGUGCCGGUGGCGGCGCGGCGCGCGCACACCGCCAACCGGCUGCGGCUGCUGGACUCGAGCGGCCCGUUCGCUGACCACUGCCGCGCCAUCGAGACCCGGCUCCAGGAGAUCACCGGACGGUACCGGCAGCUGCGCGAGAUGUCCCCCGACCGCGCCGAGGUCGCCUGCCAGGUGGUGGACGGCGACAUUGUCUCGCUGGCCUGCGAGGUGGAGGAGGCUCGCCUGCGUCUCCAGCACCGCUGGGACGAGGUCAGCACGCGGCUACAGAUGGAGCGAGACGUGUUCUCUGCUCAGGUGUCGGACCUUCAGCAGCUGCGAGCCGACCUCAACCGGUUCACGAUCGCCAUCAAACAGCAGACAGGUGACCGUCCCAACUCGUCCGACACACUGACUAAUUCGCAUGGGGCCGCCGGCACUGCCGCCGCGGCCGCCGCGGCCUGCAAGAAACAGCGGGCCACCAGCAGGGAGAGGCCGGAGGUGCCACCGCGGGUGGACUCGCUGCCCUGCCAGCCGCCGGCGUCCGGUCAGCGCUCCGGAGACGAGUCCGCGACCUCGGCCGGCACCGGCGCCGGCCAGCCCGACCUGCACUGGCACCAGCAAGGUGGGCCGGGCGUCGGUGACGCAUGCGUGGCCGCUCGGUGGACGCUCCGUGGUACGGGCGGAGACGGCGCCCGGCCGGCCGGCCGCGGCGCGGCGCCACCGGUCAGCGAGGCUCAGCGCGGCGUCAUGUCCCAGCUGCGCGAGGUGGUGCGCCGCGGCCGGGAGCGCAGCGAGGAGCGCUGGCGCGAGCCGUCGCCGCCGCCGGCCAACUGGCGCGACCACUCGGAGGAGCGCUGGCGCAGCGACGACGAGCCGCCGCUCGACAGAGAGCGACGCAUGACGCCCAAGCUGACGUGGUCGAGCCGCGGCGACGGCCCGCCGCUGGCCGCCAGCACGCACGAGCAGAGCGGCUGGCGCUCCAGUGCCAGCUGGCCGCGCCGCAAGGCGCCCGUGCUGACGCCCAUCUCGCCGAGAGAGGUUAACACCGACUAUAGCGCCGGCUCGAUGACGUCGAUCGACUCCCAGCCGUCCGAGGGCGCCUCUCACCCGUCCGGAUUCACCAGCAUCGACUCGGCGCUGGACCGAACUGUGGAACGUGUCAUCACGGGCAUCGAGAAGUCGGCGGCGCGGGCUCGCGGCCGCGCACCCCGCCGCUCGCUCGGCGAUCAGGUCUGCAAGUUCGGCCGGUUCAGCGUGGCCAAGGUGUCGCGCGACUCGAGCGGCCACGACACGACCGUCAAGAUCUCGGGUCGUGUGGGCGAGGUGCGCGGCGCCGCGGCAGGAGCGCCGGCCGGCGAGAGGCGCCUGCUGCGCCGCGGCCGGCCCAAGCCGCGCUCCCGGGACGAGCCCAACUCGUCGCCGACCGACGACGAGCGCCGCCACGCCUACUCGGACUCGGAGUCGAAGGCGGGCCGCCGGACGCGCCGCGGCCCGGCCGUGCGCCGCCAGAAGUCGGCUGACAGCUGCGACGGCCGCGGCCGGGCGCUGCUGGCCGCCGAGGCGGCCGCCGUGCGGCGCACCGACAGCUUCGAGGGCCACGAGCAGACGGUGCAGACGAUCGUUGCCGCCGUGCAGGAGUCGCGCACGGCGCGCCGCCGCAACAAGUGA